AUGAAUUACUCAAACACUACAAUGUCGUCACGAUCUGAUGCGACUUUAGUUGCUACACUAGAUGAUACUACAUUUCAAAUCAUUCGCUAUGGUUCAAUUUUCAUUUUCCUUUUCGGAACUAUUGGAAAUGCUUUCAACAUAUUAGUUUUAUCUCAAUCAUCGUUUCGUUCAAGUCCAUGUGCUCAACUCUUUCUAUUCGCAUCCGUCGAGCCAUUUCAAAAAGAUUCUCCACAGAAAUGCUAUGAUGCAACAGUAGCAUGUCGAUAUGUUACAGAUCUGUUAUUUACGUUUCUGCCUAUUCUUCCCCUGAUUCCCAUGCUUGUAUUUGGUUUGUUGACUAUUCAGAAUGUCCGUCAAUCGCGAAAUCGAACAAUUCCUACCGAUGUAUCAAGAGUACCACCAGUGGGAGUGAUAGUGAAUUUCAAUCCAACAAACCGUUUUGCCAUAUUCUGCGAUGUUAGCUUUUUCUUUCGUUUAAUGAUUACUGGCUCAAUUUGUUAUGCCUAUGUUUCAUUACCAAGUAUUGAUGGCGAAACGAAUGAAUUGCUCAAGAAAAUAUUCAAUUCAUUUAUUGGAGGUCUCAGUAGUGCAGUUGAUGAUGAUGAUGAUGUUGAUUGUUCACUAUCAAUAUUACUUUUAUUCGACAUGCUGCUCUUAUAA